AUGUCCCUCAAACUGUGGUGCGCCCCAAACGACCUGCGCGCUCUCGGGGCCGCGCACGCGUCUCCGGACAUCACCGGACCCGAAGGGGAGCCUGACGCCGCCCCGGGGAAGCCGCUGAAAGUGUUUGCGAGGCGGGCGUCCCGAACGAAGAGCCCCAAACCCAGAGAGGAGCAGUCGGCCCGGCGCGGCCGGCGCAGGGUGAAGGCGAACGACAGAGAGCGCCACCGGAUGCACAACCUCAACUCCGCCCUGGACGCGCUGAGGAGCAUCCUGCCGGCGCUCCCCGAAGACGCCAAGCUGACCAAGAUCGAGACGCUGCGCUUCGCCCGCAACUACAUCUGGGUCCUGGCGGAGACUCUGCGCAUGGGCGAGCAGCGGGGCCACGCCGGUGACCACCCGCCCGCGGCGGUGCCGGACCUGGACCUGGACAGCCCCGUGAGCGACUGCUCGGCCGGGUGGGACUCCGCAUCGCCCCCGGGCUCUUGUCGCGUGAGCUCGGCGGACGCCUCCGCCAGAGAGGGGUCCGGCUCGAUUCCCCUUAAGUUUUAUUUCACGUCUCUGUGCGGAGGCAGUGAUUUCAUCAAUAGUACUUGGCACCAUUGA